CUUCCAGAACUGCACCCCCACCCUCUCCUCAUCUCAACUGUGCCUCCUUAUGCCUCGAUGCUGAUGCUUAUCGCCCUCAACUGCCACUGCUGCAGCCUCCAUCCUCCUCAGGGACAACCAGAGAAAAUAGAGGCAGUGACCAGAAAUCUGAGCCAACGGGGCCGAGAGUGGAGUCCCUAAGAAAGCGCGGGCAGGACUACUCACCCGGUGCAGCUGGACACCUGUGAUGGAGGACAUCUGGAGGCUGGUGGCUGGUUGCCAUAGGCGGGCUGUGGGCAGCAGCUGGGCCUUACAGGGCUGUGCACCACUCAGCAGGUUCCUGUUUCUUUAAGGGAUCGCUCCAAAAUUCACCGCCGUGACGUCGCAUAUUCCAUAUUCAGAGAAAGUCCCGUGGCGGCGUGUGGUGUGGGAUCUCCUGCUGCCAGAGCGCUUUUCUCCUGCAGGUGCUGAGCAAACAAAAAGAGCAGAGCUGCUUUCAUCAUGGACACGGACAAACAUCCAGAGGACGAUGGCACGGACGUUUGCAGUGAUGCUGCAGAUAUGAAGACACAGGAGGAAGAAGAAGAAGAGAACGCACUACAGUUAACUGCAGGUGUGAUAAAGACUGAGGCAGAGGAAAUGGAAGAUACCGAGCCGUAUCUCAAGGCUGAAAAAGAAAGCGAAAUUGUCCCAAAAGAAGAAGCAGAGGGAGUCAGCGAGGACGGGAUGGAGGAAGGGUUCGAUGAGGAGAGGACGGAGGAGGAUGACGAUGAGGAGAGGGAUGGGGAAGGGGACGAAGAGGGAGAUACCCUGAAUGAGCCACAGGACCUGUCUCUCGUGGACUACUCUCGGUACGACAGUGUGGCGCUGCCAGACGCCCACACUGCAGCAGAGGCAGCAGAGGCAGCAGAGGCAGCAGAGGGGACGUACGCGUCUGAAGCCGCGGGGCCCCGCAUUCAGGCUCCAGGCAAACUCAGCUGUGACAUCUGUGGCCUGUCCUGCGUCAGCAUCAACGUGCUGCUCGUGCACAAGCGCAGCCACACGGGCGAGAGGCCGUUCCACUGCUCUCAGUGCGGGGCCUCCUUCACCCAGAAGGGAAACCUGCUUCGCCACAUCAAACUCCACUCUGGGGAGAAGCCUUUCAAAUGCCCCAUGUGCAGCUACGCCUGCCGCCGCCGUGACGCUCUGAGCGGGCACCUGCGCACCCAUUCUGUGGAGAAGCCCUUCAAGUGCACACACUGCAGCCGCAGCUACAAGCAGCGGAGCUCCCUCGAAGAGCACAGAGAACGGUGUCAUGUGUACAUUCAGAACAAAGAGGACGGCCACGCACCCAGGACUCAGAUGGGCACUGAACGUGCACUGCUGCUUGACCGGCUCGCCAGCAACGUGGCCAAGCGGAAGAGCUCCAUGCCUCAGAAGUUCACGGGAGACAACGGUGUGUGUUUGGACCUGAGCUUUAAUAGAGAGCUGGUCCACAGAGCCGACGUCAAGGAUCCGCCGCCGGGCUCUCCGGGGCCAGACGGCCCCCAUCAGCAGCAGCAUCAACAGAUCCACUCAGGCCCAGACAGCGACGCGGCUCCCGCCCACAGACCCUACCCCAUCCCGCUGAGUCGCACCGACGUCAACCCUGUAGGCCUCACCAACGGCCACAAGAUGGGGCUGUCCUUCCUGGGCCUCCCUCACUCUGUGCAGCCGCAGCUGAGCAUGGACUCCUUCCCUGCUGACAGCCUGCAGAUGUCGCAGCCCGUCAUGUACAGCUUAGGUCACCUGCUGGGCGGGCUGAGCCACCAGAACGGCGGCCCCCACCCUCACGCUCAGCCUGUCCCGCUCCCCCUGCUGGAGGCUCUGCGAGCAGCGCGGGCCGACGAGGAGGCCGGAGCCCCGCCUGGGGCGGUUUACCCCUGCGGCCACUGCAGGGUGAUUUUCCUGGACUAUGUCAUGUUCACCAUCCACAUGGGCUGCCACGGCUUCCGUGACCCGCUGGAGUGCAACGUGUGCGGCCACCGCAGCCGCGACCGCUACGAGUUCUCCUCACACAUAGCCCGAGGAGAGCACCGCCUGGAGCUAAAGUAGCUUCCAUUCAUGUCCACACACACACACACACACACACACACACAAACAAAGUGUCUUUCUAUUCAUCUCAGUUAGGUCCAGGUUUUGGUUUCCAUGAAGACUACCGGUCCUGUUUAUGCCAGAACAGGUCCUAAAGAGGUACCAAAUACAAGAACACACACACUCAGGUUUCAGGGUUAACAUUAGUGAAUGUACUAUGAGGUGUCCUCACUAAGACAGAAGAACAAGUGUGUGUGUGUGUGUGUGUACAUGUAAUCAUAUCUUUGUGAGGUCCAGAAAACAUCAAAUCCUGUCAUUAUGCAGAUAUUCUGGCUGCAGGGGGAGGAGUCUAUGAUGUGUCCUCACUAACAUAUAAAAACAAGUGUGUGUGUUUCUAUGGUUGUAUUCAUGUUAGAAUUAGGAUGAGGCGUGUGUGUGUGUGUGUGUGUGUGUGUGUGUGUGUGUGUGUGUGUGUGUGUGUGUGUGUGUGUGUGUGUGUGUGUGUGUGUGUGUGUGUGUGUGUGUGUGUGUGUGCGUGCGUGCGUGCGUGCGUG